AUGAGGUUCACGUUCCCUCUCAUGGCCAUUGGCCUGGAAGUUGCCAUGAUUGUUUUAUUUGGAUUAUUUGUUCAGUAUGAAACGGAUCAGAACGUUUCCCAGCAGCCCAACAGCACCAAGUCACCUACCGUGGAUGUGGACAGAUACCUUGACCUGUAUCCUCUCUUCCAAGAUGUGCAUGUUAUGGUAUUUGCUGGGUUUGGCUUCCUCAUGACCUUCUUGAGAAAAUAUGGCUUCAGCAGUAUGGGCAUCAACCUACUCAUUGCUGCUCUGGGCCUCCAGUGGGGCACUAUUGCACAGGGGAUCCUGCAGAGCCAUGGAGAGAAAUUCCACAUUGAAAUCAAAAACAUGAUAAAUGCAGACUUCAGUACAGCCGCAGUUCUGAUUUCUUUUGGAGCUGUCCUGGGAAAAACAAGUCCAAUCCAAAUGCUGACCAUGACAAUUUUAGAAAUUGCUGUCUUUGCUGUCAAUGAACAUCUGGUUGUCGAGGUAUUUGGGGCCUCUGAUAUUGGAGCAUCAAUGACCAUCCAUGCCUUUGGGGCCUACUUUGGUUUGGCUGUAGCAGGCAUCUUGUAUCGAUCAAGCCUGAAAGAAGGGCAUCGCAAUGAAGAGUCUGUGUACCACUCGGACUUGUUUGCAAUGAUUGGGACUCUUUUUUUAUGGGUAUUUUGGCCCAGCUUUAAUUCGGCCAUCGCUGAUGCUGGAAAGAACCAGUACCUGGCCAUCGUAAACACAUACUUCUCUCUUGCCGCCUGCGUGGUUACAGCCUAUGCGUGCUCCAGCCUUCUUGAGAGCCGAGGCAAGCUCCAUAUGGUUCACAUUCAGAAUGCAACCCUUGCUGGAGGAGUGGCUAUAGGCACUACUGCAGACAUGGCAAAUACCCCAUACUAUGCUAUGAUCAUUGGGAGCAUUGCAGGAGUGGUCUGCGUGUUUGGGUUCAAGUUUCUGACUCCAUUUUUCACUACUAAACUGAGGAUCCACGAUACGUGUGGGGUCCAUAACCUACAUGCCUUACCUGGUGUGAUAGGAGGCCUCGCCAGCAUUGUGUUCAUAGCCUUGGAGACAGCUGACACGUCUGCCAUGGCCAUGCAGGCAGCUGCGCUAGGUUCUUCCAUCGGAACAGCACUUGUUGGAGGGCUAGUCACAGGUUUGAUUCUAAAGAUACCUAUCUGGGGACAACCAGCUGACCAGGACUGCUAUGAUGAUUCUGUUUAUUGGGAGGUCCCUAGGAGGACAGAACUGGACGUGUUCAGUCGUUUCCAUGAACAUGGCAACCACAACCAGUUAGAACCUGAAGCCUAAAAACCAUUCCUGUGCCUCCGCCUCUUUUCCCAUU